UUAAUACCUGAUAACAAAAUAUGUGUGUUUAUUGAGUUCAAACAUUGUUAUCGUUAAAUCUGUUUUCAGAAGGUAACAUGAAAUUAAACACAACGCAUUAUUCACUGCUAAACAUUAUAUUUUAACUCAAUUCAAGAAUAAAUUUUUCGGCUCGUGUUUUUCUUGUUUUUCGUAUUAGCAUAAGGGAAUAAAUAUGAAGACGAUAAUUAUUUCCAUAUUUCUUUUUAUCCAUUUCUUCGCGGUUGUGAAGGGUAAGGAUGAUAUUACUUUAGAAGAUGUCUCUAUAGUUGUGAAUGGAAGAAACGGAAUCGCUCUGCUCAAAAAUCAAAGUGCCGCAACUGAUCCCUGCAGUCCAAAUCCUUGUCAAAAUAAUCAGACAUGUAAAGCAAAAUCAGGAGGUAAAUUUAGAUGCAGUUGCAAAUUGCCAUUCAAAGGAGAUCUUUGCGAAAAAUCUCCUUGUAAUCCAAAUCCAUGCAAAAAUGACGGAAAUUGCAGCAUUUCUUAUCUUAGUGCAAAAUGUAGUUGCUUGCCGGGAUAUAAGGGAGACAUAUGUACUGUAGGACCAUGUUCAUCUAAUCCUUGCCAAAAUGGAGGAACAUGUAAAGAAAACCACAUUUCGUUUAACUGCAUCUGCCUACCUCAAUACACAGGAAAUAAUUGCGAAUUGAAAGAUGUCUGUUACAAUAGACAACUCUGCAAAAAUGGAGGCUCGUGCAUAACUACGUCACCUAAUAAGUUUAAAUGUAUCUGCAAAGCUCCAUAUUCUGGAAGUACCUGUCAAGUUUUCAGUCCAUGUAAGCCUAAUCCAUGUCAAAAUGGCGGAACCUGCAAUCCGGUUGGAAAUACUUUUAAAUGUCAGUGCAAAGAAGGUUUUGGUGGAGAUCAAUGCGAUAUUAGAACUGAGCAACCAGAUUCCACCGAUAGUUCAGGAAGGACAGAUUCAACACAUACUUCUUUUAGCACAGGUUCUGAGCAGCCAGAUUCCACCGAUAGUUCAGGAAGCACAGGUUGGACAGAUACUUCUUUUAGCACAGGAACUGAGCAGCCCUAUUCCACCGAUAGUUCAGGAAGCACAGACUGGACAGAUACUUCUUUUAGCACAGGAACUGAGCAGCUAGAUUCCACCGAUAGUUCAGGAAGCACAGACUGGACAGAUACUUCUUUUAGCACAGGAACUGUGCAGACAUAUUCCACCGAGACUUCAGGAAGCACAGGUUGGACAGAUACUUCUUUUAGCACAGGAACUGAGCAACCAGAUUCCACCGAUAGUUCAGGAAGCACAGACUGGACAGAUACUUCUUUUAGCACAGGAACUGAGCAGCCCUAUUCCACUGAUAGUUCAGGAAGCACAGAUUGGACAGAUACUUCUUUUAGCACAGCUGGUGUUUGUGACUGUGGCAAUCAUUCAGUUGCAUGCUAUUUAGAUAAUGAAGGAAAGAAAAUGUGUAUAUGCGACAUUGGGUAUUCUCAGUUGUUCCAUACAUGUAUUGAUUGUUAUUGCGGCGAAAAAUCACUUGGAUGCUUCUUUGAUGAAAGUAAAGAGAAGAAGUGCUUAUGCAAAGAGGGUUAUGCUCAAGACCAAGAAGCAUGCAGAGAAACAUGUAAAUACGACAGAGAGUGUCUGAAUGGCGGAAUCUGCAAGAUCAGCUAUGGAAGAGUUGGAUUUUGUGAGUGCAGGGCAGACAACAGCGGAGAUAGGUGCGAGAUCAAUGAUGUCUGUGAUCAUUUCAAUGAUGUAUGCCAACGAUAUGGAGCCGUAUGCGUCAUUAAAGAUGGAUUGCCAUCUUGUGAAUGUCCUUCUGACAGGAAAGGUGUUACUGGACAUUGUGAAAAUAUCUGCACUCCAGAUAAAUGCAUUCAUGGUCACUGCGAGAUAUUUGGGGAAGAUUUCAAAUGCAGGUGUGAAGCUGGCUUUGAAGGAAAAUACUGUGAUAACAAAACUGCACCUAACAAACGUGAUGGAAUAUUCUUUAUUCUGGUUAUCACUGGCAUAGUUUCCAUACUGAUAUUUGGCAUUGGAGUACUAUGUAUGGCAAUUUAUUUCAGAUUGAAAAAGAAAGUUGCAGCUACUGAUUUGGAAAAACUGGUAAAUGAUAGAGGAACAGAGACUAUUUCAGUUCAACAAUAACAAUAAAAAAUAUUACAUUUUGAAAUUUGCUUUCUAUUCUUGGACGAUAGCUGCUAAAAGAUGUUUUUUUUUCGAGGGUCAUCAUUAUCCUGGAACAAGAAGUAAAGAACUGCACGCUUCUGAAGAAUAUUUCAAAGCUCGCUGCUUUACUUUCCAAUUUAGUAAUAAAUAAAAAAAUAUCUAUUUUUUGUCUGAAAAA